AUGGCCAACCUGGCUAAUCUUAUGGAGGCGAAUGUUGCUACGACUUCGCAUGCUGUGCAAAGAUUGGAUCAACCAGCUGGAAAUGGGAAUGGAAAUAGAAAUAGAGACGGAGAAGGAAAUGACUUGGGAGGUACUCCGAUGACUUUGACUUCAUUUCUGAAGGUUCAUCCACCAACUUUCAGAGGUUUGACCAACUCAACUGAAGCAGACAACUGGUUCCGAGCAAUGGAGCGUGCACUACAGGCUCAACAUGUCCCAACUAACCAAUACGUGGAGUUUGUGGCCUAUCAACUGUCAGGAGAGACACAAUAUUGGUGGCAAGGAGAGUGCCAGUUGUUGCGACUUUCGAAUGCUGAGAUUUCUUGGGAUGUAUUUCAGACGGUGUUCUACAAGAAGUAUUUUCCGGAAUUGGUAAGAGAAGUUAGAGAGUUGGAGCUUAUGCAGCUGAAGCAAGGCUCAUUGUCAAUAGUAGAGUACACAACCAAAUUUGAAGAACUUUGA